CAUAUGUCAUGAUUAGAUUAGCCGUCCUGUGUAAAGCGGUCAUCCGGUGUGCGCGCGCUGGGGGCACUUAAUUCAGACGCGGACUGCCUCGCCGCUCUGAAAGGGACCGGGAAACUAGGUGACAGCGCGUUGAAGGGCCCGGGGCAGAGGGGAAGUUGCCAUCGUGACGCGGCCUGCGGGAGAGUUUCGCUUUCACGUUAGUCGGCGGCGCAGGCGCAGACGUGUUAGCAGCGGCCGCUGAGGCGGAAAGCUGACUGAGCGCCGCUUUCGGGUAGCUUUUCCCUGGAUCGGUGGCACCACGGACUUGGGGUCCUCGAUCCUGGCCAGUGACCCGACACCACGAGGGCAACUUCCCCCGGACAGAGGGUCGCGGACCCUAGAAGAGACGAAAAGGACCCGGAUCGGAUCAGACCCUAACCGCUGACCCUUGCCCAUGGCGGCCUUCGGCCCCGGCAGCCAUAAUAUCACUGAGUAUGUCGUUCGAGUUCCCAAGCUCCCAUCAUUGCCUGGCAUGAAGGGCUGAACUGGGGAGAGUUUGUUGGAUGGAUUGAUUGAGCACUGCCUCUUCUUGCCCAUUCCAGAAAUACAACCAAAAAAUACAACAUCAUGGCCUUCAAUGCAGCCGAUAAAGUCAACUUCGCUACUUGGAAUCAAGCCCGGCUGGAGCGUGACCUGAGCAACAAGAAGAUUUACCAAGAGGAGGAGAUGCCUGAGUCAGGCGCGGGCAGUGAGUUCAAUCGCAAGCUGCGGGAGGAGGCUCGGAGGAAGAAGUAUGGCAUCAUCCUCAAGGAGUUCCGGCCGGAGGACCAGCCCUGGCUGCUCCGUGUCAAUGGCAAAUCAGGGAGGAAGUUCAAGGGCAUAAAGAAGGGAGGCGUGACAGAGAACACGUCCUACUACAUCUUCACUCAGUGCCCUGACGGGGCCUUUGAGGCUUUCCCCGUGCACAACUGGUACAACUUCACGCCACUGGCCCGGCACCGCACGCUCACCGCUGAGGAGGCCGAGGAGGAGUGGGAGAGGAGGAACAAAGUCCUGAACCACUUCAGCAUCAUGCAGCAGCGACGCCUCAAGGACCAGGACCAGGACGAGGAGGAUGAGGAGAAAGAGAAGCGUGGCCGCAAAAAGGCCACUGAGCUGCGCAUCCAUGACCUGGAGGACGACCUAGAGAUGUCCUCUGAUGACAGCGAGGCGAGCGGCGAGGAGGGUGCCAAAGCCCCCAAGGCCAAGAAGAAGGCGCCGAUGACCAAGGCGGGCCGGAAGAAGAAGAAGAAGAAGGGUUCGGACGAUGAGGCCUUUGAGGACAGUGACGAUGGGGACUUUGAGGGCCAGGAGGUGGACUACAUGUCUGACGGGUCCAGCAGUUCUGAGGACGAGCUGGAGGGCAAGCCCAAGGUCAUCCAGCAGGAGGAGGGACCCAAGGGUGUGGAUGAGCAGAGUGAGAGCAGUGAGAGCGAGGAGGAGAAGCCGCCUGAGGAGGACAAAGAGGAGGAGGAAGAGAAGAAGGCACCUACGCCGCAGGAGAAGAAGCGGAGGAGAGACAGCAGUGACGAGUCAGACAGCUCGGAGGAGAGUGACAUCGACAGUGAGGCCUCCUCGGCCCUCUUCAUGGCAAAAAAGAAGACGCCCCCCAAGAGGGAGCGGAAGCCAUCGGGGGGCAGCUCUAGGGGCAACAGCCGGCCAGGCACACCCAGCACAGAUGGUGGCAACACUUCCUCCACCCUGCGGGCGGCUGCCAGCAAGCUGGAGCAGGGGAAGCGGACCAACGAGACCACAACAGCCAAGCGGUUACGCCUUGACACAGGGUCCCAGAGCCUGUCCGGGAAGUCAACUCCUCAGCCCCAGUCCGGGAAGUCAACGCCCAGCAGCGGCGAUGUGCAGGUGACCGAGGACGCCGUGCGCCGCUACCUGACGCGGAAACCCAUGACCACCAAGGACCUGCUGAAAAAGUUCCAGACCAAGAAGACGGGGCUGAGCAGCGAGCAGACAGUGAACGUGCUUGCGCAGAUCCUCAAGCGCCUCAACCCCGAGCGCAAGAUGAUCAACGACAAGAUGCACUUCUCCCUCAAGGAGUGAGGGGCUGGCCCCUCCCCGUCUGCCCAAUAAAUAAACUCUAGUCUCCAGAA